CAGACCCUUGCAGUCGUUCUCUCUCCCUCUCGCGCGUGCUCACGCUCUCUCCCGCGCAGCAGCAACAAAAAACCAAAAACCCUCGAAAAGAACAACAUAGAAUAAAAUACAAAAAUUUUAAAUUAUUAUUAUAGUACUUGUGUGUCUUUUGUGAGCAACAGCCGAGAUCGGAGCAAGUCUCAAUACCCUUCUCAGAACCCGGAGAGCAGAUAGCCCAAAUAAGCCGCAGAAUCCCUUGUAAUGGCUCUACUUCGUUCGCUGAGCUCCCAACGAACAGCCAUCAGUUUGGUCUACGGCCGUAAUAGCAGCAAGUCGAGCAGUUCCGCGGCCGUCGUCGCCGCCUGCCGGAGUUACCAUCAGUGCGGCAGGAGGAGCACCACAGCAGCCGGCGAAGAAUCUUCUCUAUCAUCAUCAUCGGAUCAUCAUCAUCAUCCCGCUAGCGGGAUCAAUGGCGCUCGCUUCUUGCACUCCGGCAAUCGGCCGCUGCAGGCCUCCACUCUGGUCCAACCGGACCUGGUGGCCGGCGAGGCGGUGAAGCGGACCGCCAAGCAGGACUCGUCGCAGAGCCAGAACCCCUCGCCCGCUGGCUCGCCGCAGAGGGAUCCCCUGGACGUGACCUUCAACGAUCCGAUUGCCGCCUUCAAGAGCAAGACAACCGGCGAACUGAUGCGCGCCUAUCUGGUCUACAUGAUCUGUUCCAGCGAGAAGCUGGUCGAGCACAACAUGACGCUGCUAAAACUGGCCCGCAACCUGCUCGGCCAGAAGCUCUUCGUCCUGCUGAUGAAGUCCAGCUUCUACGGACACUUUGUGGCCGGCGAGAAUCGGCACACGAUCGUGCCCGCCCUAGAGAGGCUAAGAUCGUUCGGCGUUAAGCCGAUUCUCGACUAUUCCGUUGAGGAGGAUAUCAGCCAGGAGGAGGCUGAGAAACGAGAAGUUGAGUCUUCCGUUUCCAGUGCCGGCGAACACAAGGAGGAGGGCAGCAUGCCGCAGUAUCAUGUGGACAAGUCCUUCGCCGAUCGGCGCUACAAGGUGAGCAGUGCUCGCACCUACUUCUACCUGAACGAGGCCACCUGCGAGCGGAACAUGGAGAUCUUCAUCAAGUGUCUGGAGGCCGUUUCGGAUGAUGAUCGCAAGGCGCCCCGGGCAGUGGCCACGGGCGCCACCUUCGGAACGGGCAUUACCGCCAUUAAACUCACCGCCCUGGGCCGUCCACAAUUGCUGCUGCAACUGUCCGAGGUGAUUAUGCGCACACGCAAGUACAUGGAGGACAUGGUGGGCGGUCAGGGCAAUGUGCUGACCCACCAUAAGACCAUCAAGGAUCUCGAGAAGUAUUAUGCAACGCUGGGCGACAAUAAGGACGUGAAAGAGUUCUUGAACAAUGUGACGUCCGAUAAGGAGGGAAUCCUGCAUCUGUUCCCCUGGUCGGGCAUCGUGGACGAGGACUCGCAGCUGAGCGACACGUUCCGCGUUCCCGAUCCCCAAACCGGCCAGAUGCGUCGACUGAUCUCACAAAUACCGCCCAAAGAGGAGGAGAUGUUCAGGAACAUGAUCCGUCGCCUCAACACGAUUGUAAAGGCUGCUGCCGAUCUGGAUGUGCGCAUCAUGGUGGAUGCGGAGCAGACCUACUUCCAGCCGGCCAUCUCGCGCAUCACCCUGGAAAUGAUGCGCAAGUACAACAAGGACAAGGCCAUUGUCUUCAACACGUACCAGUGCUAUCUGCGCGAAACGUUCCGCGAGGUGAACACCGAUCUGGAGCAGGCCAAGCGCCAGAACUUCUAUUUCGGAGCCAAGCUGGUGCGCGGUGCCUAUAUGGAUCAGGAGCGUGACCGCGCCAAGUCUCUGGGAUAUCCGGAUCCGGUGAAUCCCACCUUCGAGGCCACCACGGACAUGUAUCACAAGACUUUGGCCGAGUGCUUGCGACGCAUUAAGCUGAUGAAGGACUGUGAUGACGAUGCCCGGAAAAUUGGCAUUAUGGUGGCCUCGCACAACGAGGACACCGUGCGCUUUGCCAUCCAGCAGAUGAAGGAGAUCGGCAUUUCGCCCGAGGACAAGGUGAUCUGCUUUGGCCAACUGUUGGGCAUGUGCGACUACAUCACCUUCCCACUGGGCCAGGCGGGCUACUCGGCGUACAAGUACAUCCCGUAUGGCCCUGUGGAGGAGGUGCUGCCCUACUUGUCGCGCCGUGCCCAGGAGAACAAGGGUGUGCUCAAGAAGAUCAAGAAGGAGAAGCGACUGCUGCUCUCCGAGAUUCGGCGUCGUCUGCUGCGCGGCCAGCUGUUCUACAAGCCCAAAGGCAACUAUGUGCCCAUCUAAGCUGGCCUGGAUGGACGGAAACUCACUCACUCAUCCGCAUACACACACAUGCCCCCGGUGCGGCAGUUAUAUCUGAGGAUAUAUCACGGAUAUCGCCAGGAAAUCGAUCGCUUCGGGCAUAUUUUAAUGUUUUUUUUUUGUCGUUCUUACUACUCUUACGAAAUUCGCGUAUAUCUACGGUAUAUAUAUGAAGGUCUUGCAAGGAGCGAGGAUGUCUUGCUGCGGGAUCUUUCGGGAUCUUCGGGAUCUUCUUCACCUUCACCCACAAAACAACUUCAAUUAGAGACGGUAGCACUGAGCGAUGGUCAUUUUUUGAUGAAAAUAUGUAUAUUUUUACGUCUUGUUGCAACAAUAAUCUAAACGACUUCUGUAUGUGUGUUACAAAGAAAACAAAAAAUGAAAAAAAAAAACUGAAAAGCGUAAAAAAAAGCGUGACGAAAGGAAAGGAAACGAAUGUGGGAAUUCCGCAUAGAGGAUAUUAAAAAAAAAAAACGGGGAUUGAAUUAAAGCGAACAUUUUUUAGCAUCGUAACAAAAUAAAGCAUAAAUCGAUAAUGGUAUAUACGUAUUAUAUACAAAGUAAUGAGAGCAAAACGUUUAUAGAGAUAUAUGUACCGAUACCGAUCUAUAUCCACAUAGAUACAGAUACAUGUAUGUGUAUGGCUGCAUUUUAGUCUAGAUUCAUUAACUUCGUGUUUGUGCCUCUUCCUCAGUAUCAGUUAUCAGUAUAUCAGUUAUUAGUUUAUCCAUUCUUAAUUUGCGAUGUGAUUUCAUGUUGGUUACCCUAAGUUACUACCAUAAACCAUAUACAUAUAUUUAUAUAGAUCAAUAGCGAAGGAGAGAGUCCAGGGCAUUUGUUCCUCCAGUUCGUGGCCAUCCCCCAUCCGAAAUAGUCAAAUAAUACUGUCCAUAGGAACAAGGGAUACCGCGCAUACCUAUACCUACCUAAACCUAGCGAGUUGUAUUACAAUUAUGCUAAAUUAACUUAAAUGUAUAUGUUUAAUUUAGCACUUAAAGAAGCGAUAUUAUAAAAGUCAUUACUACCGAUAGUCGAUGGAUGAGAAACCGUAACCGUAACCGUAACGCAACCGAAACCGCCUCUUGUCCCCCUGAUUUCCA